AUGACUAUUUUUGGUCCACAACCUUUAAGACCUCUGAAUACAGAGACUAGACAUGGUUUUGAAGAACAAUAUAACAGUAAAGAAUUUUUAGAAGCACUGGCAAAUUCAUUUUUGUUUUACUACGAUGAUAAGAGACAUUUAACGAACGGAAAUCCUGUACCAGAUGAUGAAAUAAAGGAAGAUAAAAAUAGAUAUUAUCAACCUAUCUUAGAUUGGAAGAUUAUGAAAGACAGACAAAAGACUGUUAGUGUUGCUUUACUUCUUUGUCUAAAUCUUGGAGUAGAUCCGCCUGAUGUAAUAAAAACUCAACCAUGUGCCAGAGUAGAAGCUGGCAUAGAUCCACUGAAUUUUCAAGAUUCUAAGAAGGCAAUUGAGCAAAUAGGUGAAAAUUUACAAUCGCAAUACGAAAGUUUAUCAUUAAGAGCCAGAUUUAAACAAAGUUUAGAUCCGUCCGUUGAAGAUGUUAAAAGGUUUUGUUAUUCCCUUAGAAGAACAUCAAAAGAAGAUAGAAUUUUAUUUCAUUACAAUGGACAUGGUGUGCCAAAACCUACACCUUCCGGAGAAAUUUGGGUUUUUAAUAGAGGAUAUACACAAUAUAUUCCAGUAUCAUUAUAUGAUCUGCAAACAUGGCUUGGGGCACCUUGCAUUUUUGUCUACGAUUGUAAUUGUGCAGAAAAUAUUGUUUCGAAUUUCCAAACUUUUGUCCAAAAAAGAAUCAAAGAUGACGAAUCAGGAAAGCAUGAUCCAGCUGCACCUUCACCAACUAUUGCAUAUUCUGAAUGUUUUCAAUUAGCGGCAUGUAGAUCUAAUGAACUACUGCAAACAGCUGUAGAACUACCAGCGGAUUUAUUUACAUGUUGUUUAACUAAUCCAAUCGAAAUAAGUGUCAAAGUGUUUUUACUACAAUCUCCAUUAAACAAAUCAAAAUAUAGAGUAUUUUUUGAAUCACAAGAUAGCAAUGAUAGAAUAGAUUUUAAUGAUGAUAUCAGUGGAAUAGCACCUAAAAUAAAAAUACCGGGCACCAUUUCGGAUAGACGGACCCCAUUAGGUGAGUUAAAUUGGAUUUUUACCGCCAUCACUGAUACCAUAGCAUGGACAUCCUUACCACGUCCUCUUUUCAAAAAACUAUUUAGACAUGAUCUGAUGGUAGCUGCUUUAUUCAGAAAUUUUUUAUUAGCAAAGAGAAUAAUGCCACUAUAUAACUGUCACCCAGUGUCUGAUCCUCAUUUACCUGAUAUUGUAGCAGAUCAUCCUAUGUGGAAAUCUUGGGAUUUAGCUAUUGAUGAAUUAUUAAGUAAACUUGUUGCUGACAUGGAAAAUUCAAAAUUUACUGACACUGAAUCUACUGCAUUAUUUAAUCAAGAUGAUAGCUUGCAAUUGCAUAUAAACACAGGUUCACAAGAACAAAGACCACAGAAUUCAAGGAUGCCAUCGAGAUUUGCGGCUGGAAAUUUAAGUAAUAUGUCUCUUGCUGCACAUCCCUCACUACACAAUCGUGGCAAAGAAAGCGUAACUUCACUGAAAAAUGUACCUCAAGUCAAAAAACAAUUUACUGAUUUCUUCGAACAAAAUUUAACUGCAUUUGAAUUGUGGUUAAAAUAUUAUUCCAAUUCACGAAACCCCCCAGAACAACUCCCGAUUGUCCUUCAAGUGUUGCUAUCACAAGUUCAUCGUAUAAGAGCAUUGGUAUUAUUGUCAAGGUUUUUGGAUUUAGGGCCAUGGGCUGUCUAUCUUUCCUUAUCUAUUGGUAUUUUCCCUUAUGUUCUUAAAUUAUUACAAAGUCCAGCUCCCGAACUAAAGCCUAUUCUAGUAUUUAUUUGGGCAAGGAUCAUGGCCAUUGAUUACAAAAGCAUACAAAGUGAUCUCCUAAAAGAAAAGGGAUACAUGUACUUUGUAAAUAUUCUGAUUGCAGAUUAUGGAGCAACCUUGGAAGGUGGUGAAUCAUCUUUGAAUAACAACCCUCAAAUAACAAUGACAAUUCCACAUUUGAAUAAUCCUGUGUUCUAUCAAAAUAAUGGUAGAUUGCCAGGUGCAUUUCCUUAUAAUGAAACUACAGAUGAGCAAAAAGCCAUGGCUGUUUUUAUUCUAGCUGCAUUUAUCCGUGACUUUCCCCAAGCUCAGAAACAGUGUUUCAGUAUUGAAUUAAUUAAUAUGUUAUCAUAUUAUUUGUUAUAUUCUGACAUUCCUUUACUAAGACAAUGGUCAGCUAUAUUAUUAGGCCAAUUCUGUGACCACAAUCCAUUAAAUAAAUAUAUUUAUAUGGAUCUAGAUAUAACAUCAUCUUUAAUCAAAGCAUUGACAGAUUUAGUACCAGAAGUAAGAGCUGCUAGUUUAAAUGCUUUAUCAUAUUUUAUCUCUGAAGCUGAUGAUGUCGAAACACUCCUAGGAAUAGAAAAAGAAUAUACUUACCAUCUCCAACAACUUCACACACAAUUACAACAAUUUAAAACUGCAAAUCAUCGACAGAAUCAGCAACUAGAACAGCAACAAAUGAAUUUGGAACGCCAAAUUCAAAUUUACCAAAAUAUGCAAGCCCGCUUACAAAACGUCGACUUUUCCCUACUGAAAGUUCAAGGUAUAUAUAAUGUUGUUGCUAUUUUAAAAUUAGUGGAAGACGGUUCGCCAUUCGUUAGGAAGGAAGUGAUUAUCUUUCUUUCCAAGUUUGUUCAUCGUUAUAUCAAUUUUUUUGUUGUUGUGUUUUUCGAGUUUUUGGUCGAUGAAUUAAUUCAGCUAGACAAUAUAGGUAAGAACAAUGUUCUGAAAGUGAAUAAAAAUAAUGUCAGUCAUGGUUCCAUUUUUAGUAGUGUUUGGAAAACGUUACUGAUUUUUUCUUGUGACCCAUUUGAAGAAAACAAGGAACUAGCAAAUAAAGUUAUUGAUUAUAUAUUUUUUGAGGUCAAUAUGAAUAAGGAAUUUAAAGUGUCAUUACGAAAGAUAGGAGAAAACUUAAUUAAAAGAUCUUCAAAUUGGAAUCAGAAACAAGCAAACUCCUUCAAUGCAUCUCACAUACAAGUUAUUGGCAAACAAGACUCUAAAUUUCAUUCUAAUAGAGAUGAGAAUAGUUCAGAUGAAAAGGAAUCUCUUUCUGGUCAAUUCUUUUUAACAAAGAUUUUUAAUUCCCUCGGAUUUGGAGAGAAUUAUGGUUCAGAUACAUUUUCUUCUUCUUAUUCAAGAACGGAAUCAGGGCCACCAUCUAGAAGAAGUCAUCUUGAAGAUGGUGUGUUAAAUAGGCCAAAAAGAGUUAAUAUUGAUCCCAUCAAUAAGGAGUAUACGCUUCCACUAAAAGGCCAGUUUCUUGACUUCUGUUUUGAAUAUUUCCAGGAACCUCAAAUGAAGAAACAUGAAAUUGACGAAGUUGGAAGUGUCGAAUAUAAUACAAGAUUAUGGAGGAGAAACAGGAACGAAGAAAUUAUUGAGAAGACUCAAUCAGAAAAGACAUUGGCACUUUACGGUAAUUGGAAUAAUAGAAUAUCUAUAUUUGACAAUAAAUCACAACCUAAACUUUUAGAAUUUACACAAUUUGAUAAUUAUUUAGUUGCUGCCGACGAAAGAGAUUGCAUUACUGUCUAUGACUGGGCAAAUGACGAUGUCUUGAACAAAUUCUCAAACGACAAUCCAUAUGGUACGAAAAUUACUAGCUUAAAAUUUUUAAAUGAAGAUGACUCCUCCUUAUUAUUGACUGGAUCUUCAGAUGGUAUCCUAAAGAUAUAUAAAGAUAUCGAUAAGAAUGGGAAUACGACCAUUGUAUCUGCUUGGCGUGGUCUGACUGAUAUGUUAUUAACACCGAGAUCCACCGGUCUUCUAACUGAAUGGCAACAAAGUAAAGGUUCUUUGUUAGUUACAGGUGAUGUUAAGGUUAUAAGAGUAUGGGAUGCUCAUUCUGAAAGUAUUGAAGUUGAUAUACCUGUCAAAACAUCGUCAUUGGUUACAUCAAUUACUUCAGACCAGCUCGCUGGUGAUACAGUUGUUUGCGGUUUUUCAGAUGGGUCUAUUAGAGUAUAUGAUCGUCGUUUAAACUCUAGAGAUGCAAUGGUUCGAUUAUGGAGAUCAAAUGAAGGGAAAAAACAUUACCCAAUAAACUAUGUACAUUUACAAAGAGGUGGUUUUAGGGAGUUGGCUAGUGGUACAACUGAUGGAACUGUAGAGUUGUGGGAUAUAAGAAAUCAGGAUCCAAUAACGAGUUUUAAUAUUGGUUCGUCUAAUCAAUCUAGUGAAUCUAGGAUAAGCACAAUGACAAAAAUGCAACUUCAUGAGCAUGGGCCAAUUUUGGCUACAGGGACAAAACAAGUUAGUAUUUGGACUACUGCUGGUGAUCUAUUAUCUACUUUUGAUAAUACAUCCCAUAAUAGUGGAAUAGUAGGUACCUUUGGUGCAUCAGGUAUCCGUUCGAGUCUAACUUUGGCAAAUUCAAACUCAGGCUCGUUUCUAUCCUCCCUUGCAUUCCACCCACAUAGAAUGAUGCUGGCUGCUUCAAACUCUCAUGAUUCCAAAAUUUCGAUUUAUUCCUGUGAAAAUAAAUUCGACUAG